UCGCGCGACAAUCGACGACGUUCGUUCGGUGAAAGUAAUCACGACGGUGGUGAAUUUAGUUUCCGAGGCUUUCCCUGCGGCUGCGUGUGAAAAUGGAGUACCGUGUAAGCGCACCGGAGGUGCUACGUGAACCGCUGGUCGUACCGGACAAACUGCUGAUGGGCCCGGGACCAUCGAAUGCUCCACAGCGUGUGCUCGAUGCCAUGAGUCGCCCCAUACUGGGCCACCUGCACCCAGAAACGUUGAAAAUCAUGGACGACAUCAAAGAGGGCGUACGGUACCUUUUCCAAACACGCAACGCGGCCACUUUCUGUCUGAGCGCUUCGGGCCACGGUGGCAUGGAGGCGACACUGUGCAAUCUGCUCGAAGACGGUGACGUAGUGCUAAUCGGUCACACCGGUCACUGGGGGGACCGGGCGGCUGAUAUGGCUUCCCGCUACGGUGCGGACGUGCAGAUGGUCCGCGCAGCGCAGGGGAAGGCACUCACCCUGGACGAGAUUCGUAAAGCCAUCCGAACGCACCGGCCAGCGGUACUGUUUCUGACCCAAGGGGACUCCUCGACCGGCGUGCUGCAAGGUCUGGAGGGUGUCGGGCCGCUUUGCCGCGAAAACAACUGUCUGCUGAUCGUGGACACCGUUGCGUCGCUUGGCGGUACAUCGUUCGAGAUGGACCGCUGGGAGAUCGAUGCCGUUUACACUGGUUCGCAGAAAGUGCUCGGUGCACCGCCGGGAAUAACUCCGAUUUCCUUCAACCAUCGUGCAGUUGAGCGAUACUUGCGCCGUCGGACGAAGGUUAAGGUUUACUACUGGGACCUAUCGCUCAUCGGAGAUUACUGGGGCUGCUUCGGAAGACCACGCAUCUACCAUCACACGGUUUCAUCGACUCUACUGUACGGUUUGCGUGAAGCCAUUGCGCUGGCGUGUGAAGAAUCGCUUCCUUCACUCAUCGGCCGCCACCAGGAUUGCGCCCGACGGUUGUACCAUGGUCUAGUAGAGCUUGGUUUUGAGCUUUACGCUGAUGAGCGCGAUCGGCUAGCAACGGUAACGACGAUCCGUGUGCCGCAGGGCGUCGACUGGCUACAGGUUGCACAGUACGCAAUGAAAAUGUUCCGUGUCGAGAUUAGCGGUGGUCUGGGACCGACCGCCGGGCAAGUGUUUCGCAUUGGCUUGAUGGGACAGAACGCUACGAGCGAGCGGGUCGAUCGGGUUCUGCAGGUGUUUAAGGAUUCAGUCAAAGCCGUUAAGCCAGACUUCACGUUCCGGAAGACGACCGCAAAAAUGUAAGAACAGUUUAAAGUUUUUACACCACAGCAUCUUCAUAAUUGGUCCAAUCUAAAUGAUUGUCCGCAUUCGGUAAAUAAAAUAUUCUGAAGUUUAGA